UCGUGGACUUGGUAGUGCCGGAGGUGGUGCUGAACGGGUCGCGGUCGUCGGUGGUGCUGGACUGCGUGUACCGCUACGAGAGGUACGAGCAGACGGGCAUCGUGGUCAAGUGGUUCUUCAAUCACGAGCCUGAAGCCGUCUACCAGUGGAUACCCGGCAAGAAACCCGUGGCCAUGGGCGUGCUGAAGGGCCGCGUGAACCUGGACUACCCCGCCACCAAGGACAAGUAUAGCCGGCACCGCGCCCUGGAGCUGCUGCGACCGACCACUGACCUCUCCGGGUACUUCACCUGCCGCGUCUCCUCCUUCCACGACGAGAAGUUCACCUCCAAGAAGAUGAUUGUGUACGCUCCCGCCACCAGCAUGAACCUGACCUACAGCCGCCCCGUGCCCGGCCAAGUCAACAUCAGCUGUGAGGCGCACGGCAUCUUCCCGGAGCCCUCCCUCAUGCUCUCCAGCACCAGCACCCACCACGGCAGGACCAACGUGCCGGCGGAGGUGGAGGCGGUGGAAGGGGAGGAGGGCUACAGCGUGUACUUGGAGGCCAUGGUGGAAGACUCGUCCCUCCACCACGAGACCCUGUUCGAGUGCGUCCUCCACAUCCCCGAGACCGAGUACAGAAUCCACCGAGAGAUUAUCUACAUGCCCGAGCGCAGUGCAUUGGGACAGUACGGUGGAGCCACUGUGCUGAACGGCCCCCCGACCCUCCUGCUGGUGCUGUCCCUGCUGCUGCCCCGCCUGCUGGCCACCGCUGCCGCCGCCCGCCCGCUGCCCAUCUCGUAGGAGCCCCCUCGCGCCCCUCCGUCAGCCCACCCACGCCUCUGUAAAGCCUCCUGCACACCCCAAUUCUCCCCGUCCUCACAUCACCCCCACAGGAAUCUUAAUGUCUCCUCAUCCCCCCACACAUGUCUCAUCUCCCCUUGACAGCCCUCCAAGGUCUCUUAGUACUCCCCUUUUUUGUCUCCUCACAGCUCCCCUGCCCCUCCCACUCUCCCCGUCAUCCCCACAGGAAUCUUAAAGGCUUCAUAUCUCCCCACACAUGUCUCAUCUCCCCCAUGACAGCCCUCCCAGGUCUCUUAGUACUCCCCUUUUUGUCUCCUCACAGCUCCCCUGCCCGUCCCACCCUCCC